GAAAAAGUGAAGUUGUUAAUUUUAGAAGAUGUCUCACUAUACCAAUCCCGCCUUUUGCCUCCAAAGUGAACUCUAUACCCCACCAACGAAAGUGCAGAAAAGUGAUUCAGUGAAUAUUGCUACAGUUUUCCAAGGAAACUCACCUGGCGUCCACCAAAAUGCCCAACGACCCUUUAUACCCCCAAAGCCUGGCCCAAAGCCUCUUUCUUUGGCCACAUCGAAGGCUUUUGGGUCUAUUGAGUUGAUAAACACCACCAGACCAACGCCAACGGUCGUUACAUCUUCAAGCCCCAUGAGGGGUAGGAAUCAGACGCCCAACAGCAGUGGAAGAUUUGCUUUAGUGCCCAUAGAAGAGCUUUCCAGAAAUGAUAAAAAUCGUUAUGCAGUGGUUCCAGCUCAAAAAGCCAAAAUUCUGGCCAGUCGUGAAGCUCUCAACACCUCGGAUGACCCUCAAUUCUGCAGUUUGCCGGUGAACUUUUCUCCCGAAGAACAACCAAAGCUCAAAAAUGCCUUUUCCACGAAUUUUGAUUCUAAAAGUUUCUUCCUCAACGAUUCACGUUACACUGUAAUUCCAACUGAAAAAGACGAAGAACUUGUGGAUGACAAUCACGAGAUCAUUGAGAUUCACAAUGGAAAAGUCCACAGAUAUGCAGUUCUUCCCACUGAAGAGGAUCCAGAUGACAUUCAAGAGCAGGAAGAGACGAGCAUGAGUGCUAAUUUCCAGACCAUCGCUCGAAGUCCAUCAAGAAGAAAGCUUCAUCAUAGUUAUGCAAGUAUCCGAGACACCAAAUCCCCGCCAAGGGCGGUUAAAAGCUCUUCAGCUUCUACUCCUCAACGUCCAGCACCACCAAUUCCAGUUCAGAUAUCUAGUCUCACGCCACAGAAGAAUCUUGCCACACAGAAACUCCAUGAGCUCCUUUCGACACCGCCACAGAAACAGGGAUCAACUGCUACAACUCCCAAGCAUAUUCCUGGCUCAGUUCAGCCACAGACCAGUACUCCGCUGAAACAGCAUAUCACUCCACAGCGACGUCUUCGCUACGACGAGCAGCAGCACGGACACUCAGCAGUGGAUGUUCGCACCACUGCUGUUAUUUCGCCGCGACUUCAAGCACCUUCUUUCUACGGAGAAGCUCCGUCUGGAAGCUUAAAAUCCUGGAGUAAUCUCAGCUUCCAUAAGGUUGCAAAUGCCACAGCCACAAUUGGAGCGGUCUCUUUGAUGCUCAUCCUAUGCGGAAUGAUGAAUUCAGGGCUUAGCAUUUACCUGAUUGCCCGAGUGGGACGUUCCCAUUACCUAGACACGGGUAUUAUAUCAGGAUUUGGUGCUGUUGCUCUAGGAAUUUUAGGAUUUCGCUCGAGACAGUGUGAGUGGCUUCCCAAUAGAAACUACAUUUCAGGAUACAUUCUGGUAACGGUGUUCUCUUUAUUAAAUUGCUGUGGACUCCUUGUCCUCUUAACUCUACAUCCCAUUCCUGGGACACCAAUGCAUGACAUCACAACGGGUGUUGUCCUUGGACUUUCAUCCUUGACCCUCCUAUUGAUAAGUUUGGGAGCAAUUUCAUCACGCUGGUGCAGGGCACCCCCUCCAGAUAACCGAGUAGAUGUUGUUCAUUGAAUUCCUUUUUGCAUGAAGAAAUUAAAUAAAAUAAAUGAAAAUUU